UGAGUGCAUUAUAUAUAAACUGCUAUUGUUUCCCAAUCUUAUGUCACUGUCCUCUUUCUAUUACUUGUUUCAAAAGCAAUUAUUCCUAUUCUAGCUUUUAACUAGUCGUUAUUCAUUAUCAGCAUGACAAACACUAGGGAAAAGAACUCAUGUGGGCUAUUACUCAAUAUGAACAUCCUUUGCAUACUCCAUUAGAAUCGAGAUCUCAUAAAGCUGACCUUCCUCUUCUUUCAAUUUACUUUCAUAUCCCGCUGUAUUCCAUAAUAGUGAUCGUCGAGCAACUCAACGUCGACGAAAAUGAUUUAAGCAAAAUCAAAUAUAGCUUUAAUAUGGGUACGACUGAUUUUGAUGGAUUUAUUCUAUCACGACCUAGUGGCGCUUAUACGGGCAUGAGGACAGUAGAUAAAACUUCCAUAGCUGAACUACACACACACAUGAAAAGAUUAUACAACUCAAUCGCUUCCAUCAAAUUCGAAGGCGAUAAUAAUGGUGAUGAUUCAGCGGUCUUUUUGGAGGAAAAACAUAAAGAAGUACAAGAAGCAAUGGCUCCUUUAAGAGACCCGGUCUUAUUGGAAAAGAAAGUUGUACAAAUCGUGAGGGUAGGCUUGACAGAAUUUUACGGAAAAGUACACCUUACAACAGACGGAGAAGUCAAAGUGACCAUACUAGCCACCUAUUGCUUUGAUACCCAUAAACCUUAUUUUGCUGCUCACUUUGAAUGUUUGCCUCCUAUUGCCAGUGCCAACGAAAGGGCUCAAAUCUUAGUUGAAAAGCAAUGCAGGAAGGCGCCUGAGAUCAAAGAUUCUCAAUGGGUUAGAGAUCGACAAGAACUCGAGCAUAAGAAGAAAGCUAUUCACUUUAACGAAGUUGUUCUUAUUGAUGACAAACUCCAACUUUAUGAAGGCAUUUCUUCCAACUUUUUGGUGGUCAAGGACAAUGUAGUUUACUGUGCACCUUUGGAUCAUGUUUUACUCGGCACUAUGUUAAAGUUGGUGAUUGGAAUUUGCGAGAAACAUGACAUCCCUCUUCGCUGGGACUUUCCUCGGCUGCAAGAAGUUGACACAUGGGAAGGCUGUUUUCUAACUAGUACAUCCAGAGUUUUGCUUCAAGUUGAGACAGUCUGGGUUAAUGGGCAGACAUACGAGUUUAGAAAUAAGUGUAAAUUGAUCCAGUUUAUUAGAGAACAGAUGUCUCGCGAGUUAUAUGAAAGUGCCGUCAAAGUCAUGUAAAGUUUCUAAUUAGAAUUAAGUUCAGUAUAAAAUAUAAACUAAAUAGACGCCGAGCCACGGUAAAGCAUGUACGAAUAGCUGUAUUUUUGGUUCAUUCAAUUUUAAUAUCUUCUAGCUGUGAAAAUAUGAACAAAUAAAGCCUAUAUACUGUAUAAUACAUUGUUAGAGGUAGAUAACAGAACAG